AUGAUACAUUUUCAACUUUUUUUUUUUUGUAUAAUUCUAUUUUUUUUAAAUAAAAUUAUUGUAAAUAAUAUAAAAAUAAGCAAAAAAUGUACUCAUUUGAAUAAAAUUUCAUUGAAUAAAAAAAGUAGUAGAAACUUGAAUUAUAACAAAUUAUUUUUUCUUUUUUUAAAAAAUACAAAAAAAUGCAAUGAAAAUAAAAGAAAAAGAAUUUAUUUUGAAAGAAAUGGAAUAAAUGUACCGAAAGAUAUAGCUAUGUUUGGAAGAACAAAUGUUUAUUACAUAAGAGAAAGUAUUUAUAAUAAAGAUAAAAACAACUUAGUUGAAAAUGAAAUAAAUUCUUUAAAUAUUGAAGAACUUAAUGAUAUAGAUAAUAAUAAUAUAAAAAAUACAAACGUAAACAGCAGUGAUUUAAAAAAUAUAGGUGAUAAAAAUAAUUCAUAUGACUUUGCAGAGGUUAAUAGUAAUACUAGUAAUAUUAACAAUGAUAUAAAUUAUGCAAAAAAUGAAAAAACAGGUGAUAAUGUCUUCAAUUAUAUAAAUAAAAAAAAUGAUUAUGUUGUUCAAGUCGGAAAUUCUCCUAAAGUUGAUGUUUAUGAGCGAACUUACAAAGCUGAUGAAAAAACUAUGCAUAGAAUUUUUGAAAAUGUAAAUGAAGUUAACUUACAAUUAUUAAAAGAUAUAAAAAGUAUUGAUGAAAAAGAAAAACUUAUAAACAAAAAGGUAAUAGAAAAAGUAAGAGAAGAUAUUAAAAGAUAUCAAGAAACUAAUGAAAUUAUGGAUGUCAAAGGAAAUUUUUUAAAACCUAAUUCUGAAAAAAAAAGUGUAAGUAAAAAUGCGUCAAAGGAAAAAAAUUCCUCUAACACAGAUAUGGAUGAAGAGGAAAAAAAUGAAGUACUUAAAAAAUUAUAUAUGAAUGAUAAAAAAACAGAUAAAUACAUAGAAGAGAAUGUUUAUUUUGUUAUUCAAACAUGGUUACCAGAUAUUAAAAUUGAUGAUACCCUUAUAAUAAUAGAUAAUAUCGAAAAAUUUUAUAAUGAUUUUGACAUUUCAAAGUAUUAUGAAAAGUUCAAAGAAGUAAAAAAUAAUAAUUUCUCUUAUGAUUUAUCAUCAUAUGAAAUUGAAAAUGUUCCAAAAAACAUUAAUGAUGAUACUGAAAUAGAAUGUGAACAUGUUCACUCGUAUAAUAAUACAUAUAACAAACUGAACAAUUAUAAUUUAAAAAGAUAUACAUACACAUAUAAAACUAAUGAUAAUAUUGAUACAACAUUUAACAAAAAUGAGCCUAUGCCUCCUAUUGUUCUAAUUAAUACGAAAAAAAACUUAAUGGUUCAGGAAUGGGAAUGUAAAAAUUUUAAAAAUAGGCAAAAAAGAAAUAAAUCCUAUGAAUACACAAGAAUUCAAAGAGCAUUCAGACCAUUUUCUUAUGUGGAUUUAAGUGACAUAAGUUGUAUAUAUAAAAAUAAUUUUCUCCAACUAAAAAUGAAAUUAUCUCAUAGAAAAUACAAAAAUGAUAUUUAUCCAUUUUUUGUUCCUAUAAAUAGAUAUUCAAAUGAGUUACUAGAUUUUAAUGGAUAUAAGCAAAAUGGAGAUAAUGCUUGGUCCUUUUUUUGGCAUAAUUUUGACUAUGACAAAAACACAGAUUAUAGUUUUUUAAAUAAAAACAUAAAAUUAAAUAUAACUGAAACAAAAUUUGAGGAAGUUAAUAAGAAGAAAUCAAAGAAAAUUAUGAGAAAAAUUUUAAAGGAAAGGAAAGGGAUAUGA